AUUUUAUUUCGUAAAUACUUCUCCUACCUGACACUGCCUUAGAUAAUCUCUAUCUGACCAUAUAAACCCGCAUAUUUUUUUAAGCGCCGGAUAAUAAACCUCUACUGAUGACGUAUUAUCCGGAACCACGUGGAACACGCUCUCCCAUGAUUCAGUUUUUCUCUUGAGCGGCCAUUGAGCACAUGGAAGUGUGCCACUCGCGUGAAAAUUUUAUUGUUUGUUGGAUUUAUUUAAUUUGUUUUGUUUUAAUGGCGGAAGUUCAGGUAAGGAAAGGUGUAGUAGCGAUAGAGGAAGGAGAAAUUCCUUCGGAUAAAGAUAUUUCUAGCCGUUUUUCGGACACAAACACUGAACGUUCCGAGAAAAGUAGCGAGGACCCAAAGUCGGGUAAAAGGAAGAGAACAUCGCGUUAUGACCAAAUGGAAGAAAAAUGGUCAUCUAAAUUCAAUGGACUUAGCUCAGAAAUGUCUGGAAUUAAGCAGUCGUUGAAUGUCAUUUCGUCUUUACUUCAAAACAAAGAGAAAGGCAGCUCUGAAUGUUCGCCAAAAAGGCAUAGACUUGAUAAGAGUGUUUCGCCAAAAAGGCAGAAACGUAGCCAUUCUCGCCGUCACCGUAGAAGUGAACGGUUUUCGAUGCACACUUUUUCGGAUAGUAGUCCUAGUGAUGAAGACCAAUUGUCUUUAUAUGACAGAUCUACGGGUUUUUCAUCUGAUGAAGGUAAUAAAACUCAUUUAUCAUCACGUUCACCAUCUAGGAGCCCUUUACAUAGCCCUAGUCAAAGUUCUGUGAGGAAUUUAGAGACUGAAAGUCUUAGUAAAAACAUAAGUGUACAAGAUUCUCAAUCAAAAAAUGAUUUAGACUUGUUCAAAGUUUUUGGUGAUGAUGCCAAAUUUAAAAAGGAUGUUGUUAAAAUGGGCAUUUCUAUUGACAAUUCUCAGAAAGAAACUCUUAAUAAUAGUUGGCAUUGUGACCAGCCAUCAUUUUUGACAGCUACGGGGGAUAAUUAUGAGGAGUUAUUUCCUGUAGACGCAGAAACUGAAAAAAUUUUACAAGUCCCAUCUCUUGAUGAUAUGGUUGAGGAUCUCCUUGUUGAAAAUUAUGGCUCAAAAGCCGCGUUCACAUCAAAAAAGACUUCUUUAUUCAAUCAGCCAUGUAAAAUGGUGGAACAUAUUUUGUAUAAAGGUCAACAAGCAGCCAAAUAUGCGCUUACUAUGCAGUUAUACACGCAGCAGUGUCUUGGUAAAUUAAUGGUAGCUUUUCAAGAUGACUCCUUAGAUAAAGAAAAAUGUACAACGCAAAUUCGUGACAUUUUUGCUAUAUCAACAAAAUGUUUAGAACAAAUUGGCAGAACAGGUGCUUUUCACCAUAUAGGUCGAAGGCAAUUAGCAAUGGCAGACACUAAAUUGUUUAAACUUAGGGAUAGGGACACUAUUUCUAACUUGCCACUUAGAAGUGAUGGGGUGUUUGGUUCACAACUUAAUUCUAAUUUGGAAAAUAGAAAAGACAAAAGGAAAGCUAUAAAGGAACUUUUUCCGGAGUUAGGUUUAAAUAGAAAACGUAAGGCAGUCACAGAGGAGUCUUACCAAAACUUGAAGAGAUCUAAGCCUUCUGCUACUGUUUCUAGCAUGACUACUGCUAGAACACCGUCAAACUUCUCUGGUGAUUUUCGCAUUCCACGCAUUCAAAAAGGGGAAAAAUCUCAGUAUCAACGUGGAAGACGUUUUUCUACUAGAGGAAAACCAGAUUUUACCAGACGUUCAAGUGUCAAGGAACGACUGGGAGACACAGUUAAAAAAUGACAAGGUUCUUUGAAGAUGUCUCCAUUUGAGCCCUUGAAGGAUGCUGCUUUGAAAUACCUAACUUGGAAAACUUGUUUUUUGAUUGCCAUAACUACAUUUCGUCGAUGCAGUGACAUACAAUCACUUCAGCUUGGUGAUGA